AUGUCAUACAGAGGUAAAGAUAAAAAAGUUGAUCUGUUACCUAUAUAUAAUGAUGGUGGAACUGUAGAGAAGAAAGUUAAAUCUUCAACUCAAAUUAAUCUUAAGUUUUUGAAAUUAAGGUUUUCCCUGGAAGAUUUACCGAUUUUAGUCUCAAUAGCGAUUUCGUGGGUCUUAGUAGUACAUUUUAUCGAAAGGUUACAUGUGAGAUUGGUUUUGAAUCGAUGUGGAUGGAAGAAAUGGGAACCUUGGAGUAAAAAUUCAGAUAUACACAGAGUUGCUUUAGUUGCAGACCCACAAUUGGUUGAUGACUAUUCUUAUCCUGAUAGACCCAAUAUACUCAAUAACAUUAUAAAGAAGAUAAGUGAUAAUUAUCUUCAUAGAAAUUAUAGAUUUGUACAACAUUUACUUGAUCCUGAUACCACUAUGUUUUUAGGGGACUUGUUUGAUGGUGGUAGAUAUUGGGAAGACAAAGCUUGGUUGGAAGAGUAUGAUAGAUUCAAUAGGAUCUUUCCUAAACAUCCUGACAGGAGAACUAUUCAAUCAUUACCAGGAAAUCAUGAUAUAGGAUUUGAAGAUAUCAAUCCUGAUAAGUUAAAGAAGUUUGCUGCUUUCUUUGGUCCCAAUAAUGAUUUCCUUGAAAUUGGUAAUCAUUCAAUAGUAUUAUUGGAUUCGAUUUCAUUGUCAUCAGAAGAUGAAAAUAUUAGGAAGCCUGCUGAAGAAUUUUUGGAGUCAGUUAACAAUUAUCUAACUCCAGGGUAUCCUCAUAUCUUAUUAACACACGUCCCCCUUUAUAGAAUCAAUAGUCAACAAUUAUGUGGACCUCAAAGAGAAUCGACUAAAUUAUUCCCUGUCCAAAAGGGGAAACAAUAUCAAACGGUUAUUUCAUCAGAUCUCACAACUAAAGUCUUAAACACAAUCAAACCAACAUUGAUUUUCAGUGGUGACGACCAUGAUUAUUGUAAGAUAACACAUGACAUUGAAAGUGGUUCUUCCGCCACAGAGAUCACUGUGAAAUCUGCUGCUAUGACCGCAGGUAUUAAAUAUCCAGCCAUUCAAUUACUUUCCUUACAUAACCCUGUAGACUCUAAAGGUUUAAGUUUAUCUUUAGAUCCAACCUACAAAACGGAGAUGUGUUAUUUACCUGAUCCUUAUUUUGGUAUUGGAAUUUAUGUUGCUUGGUUGAUUUUCUGUAUACUAUUAUUAGCAUUGCAUUUCAUAAUACCUCAGGUAGAAGCCAAAAUAUUACUGAAAUUGAAACCUAAUUCAGUAUUACCGGUGUUCACCUCACAAACCCCAUUAACCAAUAGAAGGAACAUUAAAGGUUUUAUAGUUUCUUCUGUGAUGACUGUUAUGAUCGCAUAUAUUAUUAUAGGUUUUUAUUAUAUAAAUGUAUAA